AAUAAAUUUCUUGUCAAAAUUCCAGUCCAAUCUUUGCAUUUGUUACCGGUUUAGAUAUGUGAUCCGCCAUUUUUUUUUCGUCGACGCCAAUCUUGGGUUCCUGAUCGGAUCGGUGCCAUCUCUAGUUUAUAUUGAUGUCUUCAUUUGAGUGGUUCUAAUUUGCUGUAUUUGGUAUUUAUUUCUGUCAGAAGUUAGCAGUUGUCUGUUGCGAUGAGAUUAUAGAGACAUUGCAUGUGCAGUUACAGUGACAUUUAAUAUGUAGGGGGGAAAAAAAACCCCAUCAAAGUCUCAAAUGUAAGGGAUAAUGGCCAUACUUUGCUGUUAGGUUCUGAAAACUUUUUCAUUGACAUUCAGUGUCAUUAAUGAGACAUCCAGGAUAGAAGUAGUGGAGACUGCAAACUUUGGACUCAAAAUGAUGAGAUGAAAACGAGAUGACGAGCAUGAUGGCAGUAUUAGGAUGAAAGUUGAAGCUUUGGAAGCUGAUCUGUUUGAGCAGCGUGUAGAGGUGAGAGGGCUGGACUGAUUGAGACUAAGACUAAAGCGCUGCUGCACCAUUAUUAGCAGGUAGGCGCACAGUGUUGUGGAAAAUGUACGUAACUAUUAACCAAAUGAAAGUACACCAACGUGUAACCAACAAAGUAAAUAUUGGAUGCCACCAGAGAUCACAUGUUAAUAUGCAAGUCAUUUAAGAUUGAUUUUCCUUUCCGAAGCUAACCAGGAGCUAGAAAUCAAGUCAAUGUGAUGAUGGUGUAUAAUUUAAUAGCCAUCUGUCAUUCCAUGUAAACUCAAGAUUUUUCCUUAUCGCUAAAGCACUUAAGUCUGUUCAUGUCUAAGCUUUGCUGGAAAAAGAAGCCUGAUGGAGGUUAGUUUUGUUUUGCAUGGUUUAUUAAUACAAUAGAAACGGGAGUAGUAGAAAUAAAAGGCAAGUUUAAAAUGUCUCUGUACAAAACCGGGCUUAGCCACAGCAGUUCCACAGGAAAGUGCAUGGUGGCACGUAGUCCUGCACCAGGGUUUGUUUGGCAGUAGUUAAACUGAUUACAUUCCCUCAUCCUGAGCAUGUGUGUGAUUAGUUUGGGAAAAACCCGUCACAUGUCACUGCAGAUGAAUUCUGGCAGCUUGGGGGAAAAACUGUAUCCUAACAAAAUGUCCAGGUCCUCUGGCAGAAAAACAGUCCCAAAACAUUAAAAGCCACCAACAUAUUUAACCAUGGGCAUGAGGUACUUUUCCAUAUGGCUACCUCUGUGUUUGCCAAAACCACCUCUGGUUUUUAAUUUCAAAAAGCUGUAUUUUGGUUUCAUCUGACCAUAGAACCUGAUCCCCAUUUGAAGUUGGCAAACUGAAUCCCUUCCAAGAAACUUGUGAUGUAGGUGACUUCGGAUUGUAGUUUUGGAGACUUUUUGGCCCCAAGACGCAACUAACUUCUGCAAUUCUCCAGCUGUGAUCCUUGGAGAUUUUGUGGCCACUCGAACCAUCCUCCUCAUAGUGCAUUGAGACGAUAUAGACACGCGUCCAAUUCCAGGUUGAUUCAUAACAUUUUCCAGUUGACUAGAACUUCUUCAUUGUUGCCCUGGUGGUGGAAAUGGGCAUUUUCAAAGCUGGUGCUAUUUUCUCAUAGCCACUUCCCAUUUUGUAAAGCUCAACAACCUUUUACUGCACAUCACAGCUAUAUUCCUUGGUCUCUCCCAUUGUUAUGAAUGGCUUCGUAAGUGUUCUGUUAUUGGCUGUAAAAAUGAUCAUGAGUUUUCAUGUAUUCCCAGCAUCAGAGCCACUGAAGACGCAGUGGAGAAGUUUUAUUUUGAAGGAAAUGUGCUCCGAAAAAAAAUACCUCAAUUCGUAUGUUUGGGAGAAUCAUUUCACACCAGACUGCUUUAUGAACGAGGGUCAAUACAAAGCAAGAUUAGCUAAAAAAAUUUGAUUCCUUAUGGAUGGAUCAAUACCAACUGUUCAUGAUCCAGCUUCAUAUCCAGAAGAUGUAGGUAUGCACUAUAUUUUGUGAAUGUUUGCAAAUAGCCUUUCCGAACAUGCUUGUUAGCAGAUUCCACGGCUAAUGCAGCUAAAGUUAACAUUGUCUCUGAAUGUAUUCACGGAGUAACCAUUCAGAAACCUCCUGGUUUAUUCUUACAGUUGUUACUUCUGUCAGAGUCUCUCCUUCAUCAAUGUCCGACUCUGGUUCAUACAUAUAGGGCUGAACACCUUUAUGCUGUCGGCCAUUUGGUUCUCCUGAGUAGUUGUUGCCGUAAUAUGCGAAGCACGAGCUGUAAAUGCAUAGCCCUCUUCCGGAAAGGGGGCGGGGAUCAGUAGCUCAUUUGCAUUUAAAGAGAGACACAAGAAAACAGCGUGUUUUUGCUUACACCCAAAAAAAGGGGCAUUUACAGCAUGGUAUAAUAAAUUAUCCGUAGGGUAUUUUGAGCUGAAACUUCAGACACAUUCUGGGGACACCUGAGGUUUAUUUUGUAAAAAGGUUCAUAAUUGGUCUCCUUUAAGCAUGAUAAUUACCAGACCUUUAAAAAAAAAAAAAAAAAAAAAAAAACACAGUUUAUGAUCAUUUAAAUAAUAGAUAUUUGAUGGACUCUUCAGUGUCAUUGUUCAGGGUGUUAUUAUUGGGCGAUUUGGAUCAGUCCAUCCAUGCAUCCAUCCAUUUUCUGUACCACUUAUCCUACACUGGGUCGCGGGGCACCUGGAGCCUAUCCCAGGAGACUCCCAGGGCACAAGGCUGGGGACACCCUGGACGGGCACAAUCGUGCACAGAGACACCCGUUCACACACUAUGGACAAUUUAGAGAUGCCAGUCAGCUUACAUAGUCACUGUGAAUGUUUUGCAAUUGAGACAUUUGUUUAUUUGCAAUUACUCACUACCCUCAUAGCUUAAAGAUUUUAAAAAAACAUCCAGGGAUAUUUAGCCAGUUGGUUUUGAAGACCUGUACUGAAUAACCAUUUGCUUAACAUAAAUGUCAGCAUAAAUAACUGUACAAACACAUGCCUAGAUUUCUUCACCAGGGUAGAAAUGUAGAUUCUAUGAAUAUGCAAAUUGGAAACACCCCUAACAUGCCCCCACCAACUUCUCCUGUUAAGCUGUGUAAUCUCAGGACAUUUGCAUGUAGAAACAUGAUUGGCUGUUAUAUCUUAUGAUGCACGAACAUUUACUUGAAUUAGUUAAAAAGUAAUAAAAAUAUGUAAAAAUAAAUAAAUAAAUAAAUAAAAGUGGGGGGGGGAUGUAGUUGGUAAAUUGUUGCCAUAUGGCAACAAUGUAUAAUGGUGGAAGAUGUAUCAUAUAGUCGAAAAUAACAACACAAAUGUCUGAGAUUACAAUUAGUGCAUUUUCCAGACCAUUUUUUGCCACCUAGUAUGUCUUUAAAGGAAAGUCUAGAAAGGUGGAUGGAUUUACUCACUCAAAAUACAUUUAAAAAAUGAGAUCUAAACAUGUUUUGUAUGAAGUAUUUUUUAAAAUUCUUUCUCUUGAAUGUAAAUAUACUGUUAGAGAAGCCUUUUUGCAGUGUAAACCUGUUUCAGUUCAUGACUGCACAUACCACAGUUCCAUUAUCGCAUGUUGUUGCCAUAUGGCAGCAAUGACAUUUUACCAUUGAAUAAAAUAUUCAAAAUAUAUAAUUGGAUUUAAAUGACCAACAGUAAAUGUUAACUUAUCUCAAAUAGUGUUUCAAAUUUUUCAUCUAAGUAGUUUUGCCUAAAUAUUGAAAAAUGUAUAUAACUGAGAGCUCUCCGCUGAUCUUCACUAUGCCAUGUGAUUGCAGAAAAGGAAGUGCAAACCGCACUUCCAAGUCAUGUGACGUCUUUUUAUUAUGACCAAAAAAAAAAAAAACCCCUUUUCCAGUUAUAUAGGAAAAUAUUAGUUUUGUAUUAUUGCCUAUUAAAAAAAUGGAGAUAAAUGAAUUGUUGCCAUAUGGCAACACCAUGCAGUGAAGAGUUAAAUGUGAAUUCAAAUCGAGUUAGCUCUUGUAUCAGAAAGCUAGCAGUUUGCUCAGACGAUCUGAUUUUACCCUAACUUUAAUUUCAACGACAAUCUGCACAAAUAAACAAAAAAUGUUCAGAUAUGACCAUUAAACUACUGUUGAAUGUUUUCCAGUUGGGACAGCGUUAAUCUUCGCACUAUACAACAGUGUCAUCCUUAACAAUGCCUUGCAUUUUAAAUAUUGUGCUAGAUCAAAUGGAUAAUUCAUGGCACAGAAUUAUCCCAGUGUAGUCUUUCACGUCUUUUGUUAUAAUGUAGUUUACAGUAAUUAUGUCAUUUGAGCAGAUCCAGGGUCUAUUUCUGGUUGUGUUCUAGCCUUAAGGAGAAGCUCUGUACACUCAGUCUUGAUCAGUUUCAUAGAAAAGGCCGUGUGCCACUGAUUAAAGCCUACCCUGACGUCAGAGAGCAGUUAUUAAUCAUUGUGUUGUUUUUUGGGCAGUGUUCGAGGCUGAAGCAUGCUGCGCAGUCAGUUAUAAAUAGCUGCAGAGAGAAAAUCUUGAAGGAUUCAGGCACUUGUGUACACUUGUGCAAAUUGGAAGCAAGACACAUAUGCAAGAUGCAAAUGCGUACUGCUGGAGUCUGAUCCUGAUUGAAGCGUACACACACACGCGCCACACACUGCACACACAAUCAGCUUGAUAUAAAAGCACUCUUGUUCCCCAAAUUUUUCCUCUCCUGUUCUACUCUGGUCCUCUCCCCUUCCCUCCUGUGUGUGUGUGUGUGUGUGUGUGUGUGUGUGUGUGUGUGUGUGUGUGUGUGUGUGUGUGUGUGUGUGGUGCUGCGUCAUGCCUGCGUCACCAGGCCCCCUUCAUUCAUGAAAUGUGACGCAAGCAGCACCAGCUCUGCUACCACCCACUCUUUCACGCCGACACUGCAGGCUCUCUCUUCAUCCAUGCCUCUCUCUCUUUCUUUCUUUCUUUCUUUCUCUCUCUCUCUCACUCUCAGCUAUUUUCUCCUUUGCUCAGUCUCUCCUUGAAAACCGACCAUGCAUCGCAGCGCUUUUAUCUGUCUCCUGAUCUCAAGCCAGAGUUUCCAUUAUUAAAGCCUCUUAGCCUACCCUCUCUGUUAUCGGGCAGCUGCCCAUGCACAUGCACGGCACCAUGGGUAGCUCCCCAGAGGUGCUGUCCUGGACCUCUUGCCCCAGCCUGCUGGUGGGAAAGCUCAAAGAAGAGCUCAAGCUCACUGUGGUGGGAGACGCGCUGAAGAAAGCCAAUACCAACAGUUCCCCUUCUCCCCAGGCCCCACCACCUGCCCCUCCUCCACAGAUCAUCACAGACCUGGCUCCGCCUACCAGCCUCCCCGUGCCCCUGCAGCCAGGCCGAGACGACGACCUGGGCGUGAGCGGCAGCAGUCCGCCCUGCACGGCGCUCAGCGAGGACUCGAGCCGAGAGCAAGGCCACUUCGAGAACAGCGUGCUGCAGCUGCAGGAGCAUGAAGAGGAACACAACGCUGAGCACGACGAGCACGGUUCCUGCGGGGAAGAAGGCAACGAGGACGGAGGCUGUAACAUGGAGCACGCUGACCAGCAUCAUCACGAUGACAUCAAACUUCAGUUCCACCGAGCUAACACGGGCGGAGGCGGCUUCCUGGAAGGCUUGUUCGGCUGCUUAAAGCCUGUGUGGAAUAUCAUAGGGAAGACAUACUCGACAGAUUACAAGCUUCAGCAGCAAGAUGUAUGGGAGGUUCCAUUCGAGGAGAUCGCCGAGCUGCAGUGGUUGGGAAGUGGAGCUCAGGGCGCCGUCUUCCUGGGAAAAUUCCACUCGGAAGAAGUGGCCAUCAAGAAGGUCCGAGAGCAGAAAGAGACCGACAUCAAACACCUCCGCAAACUGAAGCACCCAAACAUCAUCGGUUUCAAGGGCGUGUGCACACAGGCUCCAUGUUACUGCAUUAUCAUGGAGUACUGUGCUCAGGGGCAGCUGUAUGAGGUACUCAGGGCUGGGAGGAAGAUAACUCCCCGUCUCCUGGUGGACUGGGCAUCGGGCAUUGCUAGCGGCAUGAACUACCUACACCUCCAUAAGAUCAUCCACAGAGACCUCAAAUCACCAAACGUGUUAGUCACUCAUAACGAUGCUGUGAAGAUUUCCGACUUUGGGACAUCCAAAGAGCUGAGUGAUAAGAGCACUAAGAUGUCAUUUGCUGGUACGGUGGCCUGGAUGGCUCCCGAGGUGAUCCGCAACGAGCCUGUAUCUGAGAAAGUAGACAUCUGGUCAUUUGGUGUGGUGUUAUGGGAGCUCCUGACCGGAGAGGUCCCCUAUAAAGAUGUGGACUCCUCUGCUAUUAUCUGGGGCGUAGGGAGUAACAGUCUGCACCUUCCUGUGCCCUCGACCUGCCCCGACGGCUUCAAAAUCCUCAUGAGACAGACAUGGCAGGGUAAACCCAGAAACAGGCCAUCAUUCAGACAGAUCCUGCUGCACCUGGACAUCGCCUCUGCAGAUGUGCUGGGAGCCCCCCAGGAGACGUAUUUUAAAUCUCAGGCGGAGUGGAGAGAGGAAGUGAAGAAGCACUUCGAGAAGAUUAAAAGUGAAGGAACGUGCAUCCACCGCUUGGACGAGGAACUUAUACGGCGCCGAAGAGAUGAACUCAGGCAUGCACUGGAUAUUCGAGAGCAUUAUGAGAGGAAGCUAGAGAGGGCUAACAACCUGUACAUGGAGCUGAGUGCAAUCAUGCUGCAGCUAGAAGUGCGAGAGAAAGAGCUCAUGAAAAGGGAGCAAGCCGUGGAGAAAAAAUACCCCGGCACGUACAAACGCCACGUGGUGCGACCCAUCGUCCGACCCAACGCCGUCGAGAAGCUCAUCAGGAAGAAGGGCAGCAUGAACCACAAACCUGGCACUCAGACUCCCAAGAGGCCUGAUCUGCUGCGCUCUGAUGGAAUCUCCAGUGUGGAAUCUUUCCCAGUGUCCUCUCCUCUCUCAGGCAGCCCAAGGGUUUCCACUCCUCCCGGGAAAGCACGCUACCGCAGCAAACAACGCCACCGCCGCACCAACAGCAAGGGCAGCCACAACGAGUUUCCCGGGGUCUUGAAGCCCAUCGUCAACAUGGAUGAGGAACAGCAACCACUGCAGCCUCAGCAGUACCAUUAUAACCAUCAUCACCACCCUCAUCAGCUACCACCUGAGAGCCCUCUGCUCCCUUUGCAGAGGCGAGACAACGCAGCAGCCACAUGCGCCAACGAGCUGCGCUACUUCGGGCCUGCCGCGGCAUUACGCAGCCCCCACUCUGAGCACCUUCAGCGCUCCAGCCCUGACCUCAUCAACACUACUCUGGAGGCCGACGCACGGAAGCACGCGGCUACAGGGCCAGCUGCGCUCUGCCCCUGCUGCCAGGGUCAUCCACUGCCUGGGUGCUUGCGGUGCCAGGACAUGUUGCCUGACUGCUCUCUGGUCAGUGAGGCUCUAGGCAGAGAGGGUAUGGAGGGACAGCAACAGCCAGAGCAAGAUGGUUCUCCACAGAACGGCCUCUCGCGCACCCUCAGAACCCUCAGCAAGGCUGGGGAUGACUCAUCUGAGGAAGAGGAGGGAGAGGUUGACAGUGAAGUGGAGUUUCCACGGAGACAGAGGCCUCACCGCUGCAUGAGCAGCUUUCAGUCGUACUCGACGUUCAGCUCGGAGAAUCUGUCUGUGUCGGAUGGGGAGGAGGGAAACACGAGCGAGCACUCGCACAGCGGACCUCUAGAGGCACUGAGCGCCAGUCAGGAGGAGCAUCUGGACGAGCUGCUUUCACACACACCAGAGAUCCCCAUCGACAUCUCCAUGCAGUCUGACGGCCUCUCUGAUAAAGAGUGCGCUGUGCGCCGGGUCAAGACUCAGAUAUCCCUGGGCAAGCUGUGUGCCGACGAACAUAGUUAUGAGAAUCCGCUGCACUUUUCGGACUGCGACUCCUCAGAAGCCGAGUGCUCCGACACCACCAUCAGGAACAAGCAGCCGUGUGCUCCCUCUUCCUGGUGAGCUCCUCCCAUGGUCCCACCUGCUGGGAGGAGAACCACCGCAAUAACCGGGGCCUGCUGUAAAAGACCAUGCCCCUUUGCUCAUUCUGUCCCCGACCCCUCAAUCUCAAGCCCCACCCAUCCGAGUAAGCUCAGGCAACUCUGGACUGACAAUGUAGCUAGUGUAACAUUCAUAAUUUAUUUUUCUGCAUUCGAAGCGAAGAAAACAAAACAAAAAUCAGGAAGUCUUUUCAAUUCUAGCCUAGAACAAAAGGACUAAAAUGAGCGAGUGUGUUGGGUUGGAAUAGAACAAAAAUAGAACAAACUCUCAACCAGAAACUUGGUGAUCAAGGUGUGUGAGUGAGUGUGUGUGUGUGUGUGAGGGAGAGAGAGAGUUGUUGUUGGUGGUGGAGAGUAUAGUAAAGAUGACUCUGAUUAAACAUGGGGCCCUUUAACAGAAACGCAAGCAUCCAGAUCUGCCCUUUUUUGGCCAAGAAGCGAAGACUCGCUAGCUACCUGGUAAAGCUUGAGUUUAUAAUAAAUGAGACCCUGGGAUUUCAGGGUCACUUCGGUUUGAGCACCAGCAUGAACAGAACCUGUCUGUCCUCUCACUUUUAUCAUCUCUCCAUUUCUUAUUUCUAACACCACGAACCCAUCCAUGUGGGGUCUCAGCAUGCCCGUUGGAGAACCAAUCAGACUUUGCUGCCGAGUUUCUCAGACACACAGUGGAACAUCUAAAGGACACGUAACAGAAUUCGUGUGAGAAAUCCCUGAAAUCAGUGUUGAAACUGGAGAAAACCAGUCCGUCCCACUUUCCUCUCACCUCAGGCCUGACCUUGGAAGGAUUACGAGACCGGAAGACGACGACAACACGUUCCUUUUCACGUGCGGAUCCGUGUCUAGACCCGGGUUUCUCAGAGAGCCUUGUACUCCUCUUCUUUAAUCUCAUCUCAGUUUUUUCCUUUAUAAUAUUUAAUGAUUUGGUUGACGUGAAGAUGCAGCAGCCCGUGAAAUCCCUCAGGACUUGGCGUAAUUUUUUUUCCGUUUUUCUUCGUGUAUCUAGUGAGACCGAAUGUCUAGUGCGAGGCACUUCGGAGCCACUCUAAAGGUUCAGCAAUAAUGCAGGUUCUGCUCAGGCUCAAGAGAAUCUCGCUCAGGAGGACUGUCUAGCUGGCUGGACAGAUGCACCGGCAAGAUGUAGUGAGGCAAGUUAGUUCUAGGAAAAGCCGCAUUUUAAAAGGUGUCUAAUUAUUUUAUUUUAUUUAUAUUUUUUUGAGAGAGAGUUUUGUGUUGCUCCUAAAUCACGUCCUGCGUUCUGAUGAUUUCAUGCUCAGGUUAAGUUGAAUGCACAGUGCAGCUCUUUUCUUUAGCGUACUAGCCGUGGCACUCCACUAGGGGGAGACAGAUCUGUGCGUUGUGUUUCUGUGACAGAAAACCAAGCAACAUUGCUUUUAUAUUCACGUAUGUUUUAUUAGGGUUAGAACUAGUCGUUUAGAUGCCCUACUAAUAACCAGUUUUUACGUUCACAAAAUGAGGGAUGCUGCAUCUUUUAUCAGUGAUAGUAUACUGCAUUCAUUACCCCUGUGUGUUUUUGAUGUGUGUGUGUGUGUGUGUGUGUACGUGUGUAUGGUUGUGUAAGUAUAGUUUAGACAGGAUGGCCAGUUGAACUUUAAAUGGAUUAAGUCAGGUUAGACAGAUAGCUGAGAGAGUGAGGGUUUCUAUUUUAUUUUCCUCAUUUGACAGGGUUUGUUUGUAUGUUAAAGUCUUACACGCAAAUGCAUUUGCAGUAAACGAACAAAACAAGACGUUCAACCCUGUUUACGUAAUCCCGUUUGAGACAAAUCUUAUUUCCAGUUUGUGUUCUUCCGACCAGCACGAUUCAGACCGGAUGGAGAAAAAAAAAAAAAAAACGAUUCGAGUCUGAAUGAGAAGGACUUGUGAAGCGUUGUCUUGUACUCAGUGAGCCAGGACUUACUUAUGGACUUACUUAUGGACACACACCAACCUCAUUUCUCUUGUUUACGUGUUUCAAAAGCUUCUGUGGUUUUUAUUCCACAGAAAUCAGACAGGUAUUGAGAGUAAAGUACAAUAAUGUCUUUCCAUCCUCAGCACUAUAAUGUUUUCUGUAUAGUUAUGAUUAUUUGUUGUGUUAAUUUAAUUUAAUUUAAUUCUCCUUCUUUUUCUUUUUGUAGCUGGCCUACACGGUCUUUGGAUUAGUUUAUUCUGGACUACUAGCAAGUUUAGAAUCAUGUUGGUUUUCCUAAUCAUAUAGAGGAUAUCCUAACCCCACCCUCCACCCCCAAUUUAAUUAUUUGUGAUGUAUUUCUGGAACGAGAGUGUUCAGCCUUUUUCUGAGUGAACAACUUUGUUCGAGCUAGAGCCGGAAAGAGUUGAGACCCUGAAAUCCUGUUUCACUCUGCUUCAGUACUUUGGAUGUGGCUAUCGUUGCUUUUAAGAGCGCCUGAGGAAUAAAAUCCUCCUCAGGGUCUGUUCCCAGAGAGAUAAUGAAAUCAUGAGCACCCGAUUUCGACUGUACGUUUAACACCUUAGACGAGGACCUGCUUAAGACAUUCAGUCUUUAUUAUCCAGUGCUAUUUGUUGGCUUAAAUACUGACGUCCAGACAGAGGUGCGAACAGAGUCCCAGCAUCAGUCCUGUUUAAUUAGCACUUGUAAUUCUAGUAACAUGAUCAACUACUGAGUGACAGUUUCUUCUCAGUGCACAAGUCUGGGUAUUUUGCUCAGUGCUUUUGAUUUAGUAAAUUAGCUCAGUAUUGUACUAACGAUAUAACUAAUGACACAAGGGGUCUCUUAUUACACCUGUAAGUAAAGGUUGGAUAAAAAUCGACUGAGUUCUCUUUAGUGUGUUAUUUGCCAUACUGUCUGUAUUUUACAAUCUGACAGAUCAAGUCUGAAUGCUCUCAGUAUUUAAAUCGGAACGAAACCGUACUAUUAAUGCAGAUUUGUUCCAACUUGACAAACCUCUCGCUGUAUCACAUUUCUGCGUUUCCCUCCGUUUCUGCCUCCAUCUUAUUCGUUCCCACCGUUUUCUCAUUCCGUUUUCAGCUAACGCGUAAACAGUUAUUUUGUUAUAAACUAUUUUUGUGCAGGACUUGUUCAACUCUGAGCUAUUUUUCUUCCACUCUAGUAUGUUUCUUACUCAUGUCCCGCCUCCCCUUUCCCUAUCUUGAAUGGCGUUCUGAUCAACCAACCCUGACGGUUUCCUGUAUUAGUGCAUUCCUGUGUACAGUGCAGUGGGAGCAGGAAGGAAUAAAAUCAAAGCAACCAACUGCAUGGAAUAAAACACUGAUGUACUGUAUCAAACUCUGUCGCGUUUUUCUUUUUUUUUAACGCAGCUUCUGUAGAGGUGAUCUUCAAUCAUCUAGUGUUUGCAGUAAGACAUUGAAAGACCUUUUAGAUAAUACUGAUAUGGCGAUUACUGUAAUGUCUCCUGAGCAAAGUG